AAGUGAGUAGUAGGGUUAAAAGGCAGAGGAAUCUAGUUGUGUCUCAACCCCAGUCUCACUCUCAGCCUGUGAGGAUAUUAUUGUGAAUGGACCUAAUGGACGACUCAGAGACCCAGUUGGAGGAGGAGUGCAGCUCCAAACCUUUCACCUUCAGCCCCAUGUUAUACUCUGGGAUGGCUCCAUUUGAUAUAAAUGAUUCCAAGCCAAAGAGGCAUGCAGUAAGAAAUGGCUUCCAGAUCUUUGUGUUUGUCUACUUGAUGUUGUUGACGGCUGUGGCUUCCUACCUGAUGUACUCCAGUUUUAUUUGGCACCAGGAGCUCAUGGCAUUGAAGGAAGAGAUGUGCAGCCUGCCAUGUCUGGGGAAGGACGUGACAGUGAAGGGGUCACAUAAAGAAGUAUUUUUAAGUCAGAGUGAAGAAAAUAAAUUAGACCCUAAAAUUAAGGAGCUCCUGCGCACCCUGAAUGCAUCCAUUCUAUCCAUUGAGGAUAAGAGGGUCCAAAGACUCAGUGAACUGGAGGAGGAGAUUGGGAUCAUCCAAGUGAGGACCCAGGAUCUAUUCCAGAAACUAGAUAAUUCAACCCUGAUCCCAGGGCCUGCUGGGAAGGAUGGGCCCCCAGGGGCCAGAGGAAUUCCAGGUCCACCAGGAGUGAAAGGGGAGCCCGGUAACCGAGGGGAGGCUGGAAACCGCGGCAGUCCUGGAAUCAAAGGAGAAAAGGGAAAUCCUGGUCUUCAAGGGCUUAAAGGAGAUGAAGGAAAAUUGGGCCCCACAGGUCCAAUGGGUCCCUCAGGAUCUGAUGGAAAUGGGACCAAAGGUGAGCCUGGAGCAACUGGACCCCCUGGAGCAAAAGGGGAUGCUGGUGAAAGAGGACAAGAUGGUAUCCCUGGCAGACCUGGAGCAUCUGGUACUGCUGGAGAGAAAGGAGAAACUGGUAGAACAGGUCUGCCUGGUACCCCAGGGACAAACGGAGACAAAGGAGAGAAAGGAAAUCAAGGCUUGAAUGGAGAUCCAGGGCAGAAAGGAGAAAUAGGAGCAUCAGGGUUAAAUGGGCUUCCCGGUGCCAAAGGAGAACCCGGAGUGCCUGGCCUCCCGGGCCCAAAAGGGAAUCCUGGAGAGAAAGGGAAUCCUGGAAUCCAAGGACCCCCAGGGACACAAACAGAGAUAGUGCGGCUUGUGGGUGGGACCAAUCGAGGCCGAGUGGAAAUCUUUCACGGUGGUGACUGGGGUACAAUCUGCGAUGAUUCCUGGGACAUGAAUGAUGGAGCGGUCAUCUGUCGAAUGUUGGGCUACUCCAGAGCUGUACAAGCAUUCACUGCUGGAGGAGGUAUCGGGAAGAUCUUGUUGGAUGACGUAUCCUGUGUUGGGACAGAAACCAGUAUCCUGGAGUGUCCGAAGCCCAACUGGGAGAUGCACAACUGUGGCCACAAUGAGGAUGCUGGGGUUGAGUGUGGCUCCUAGCAAUGGGCCCUAGGAAAUGCUCUGUAUAUCCAGUCAGCCUCAAGUCAGCCCAUAAAAAACCCAGCAGUUCAUGGGGGGGCAGAACUCGGAGGCAUCUGUAUUCCAGCACAUGAUGAAAUAUAAAGAGUCCACACUCCACCAUUACCUUCUAUAUUAUCAGUCCACUCACUGUACUUUACUUCCCAUAAUGCACGUUUACUAACAGGGUUAAUUGACUUUUGGCGUGCUGCUAAUAAGAGUAUUAUCUUCAUAUUAUUUUAUACCUUUCCACUUUGCAAUGCUUUUUGGUUACUAAGGUCAGUGACCCCUCUCAGCAAUCGGAGAUAAGACCAACUGCAAACCGACCCAAAGUUACAUCAAAUAUUGAUUAUUUGGUGAGGUUAGGUUACCCAGUGCAGGGAUUGGGGGAGGCUUUGCUACAUAAUAAAGACUCAGCUUUGGUACA